AGCCAAUGUUAUGUCAGCCAUUCACUUCUGGAAAUACUCUUCACUAUCAACUCGUUGAGUUUAUUUAAUUGUUUAUUUUAUACUGUAAGAAAGAAAACCAUGUUUUCACGGACAAUUUAUAGAAUUUCAAUGAACCAUGUUAAAAAGGCGAGAAUUCCUAUAACGAGAUUUCCUGCGAUAGCAGUAACAAAUCAAGAGAGACGACGACACAUUGCCACAUCACAACGUGACUCGCAAUCCUUCGCCAUGGGAUUGUUUAGUGGUGAGGCACGAACUGACGAAGUAUUUCCCUAUCCAGAAGUUUUGACAGAAGAACAACGUGAAACUCUGGAAGGUUUGGUUGACCCUACUAGAAAGUUCUUUGAGGAAUGCAAUGAUCCAGCAAAGAAUGAUGCGAUUGAGAAAGUGGAUGAUGAAACAAUGGCGGGACUUAAGGAAAUGGGCGCAUUUGGAUUACAGGUUCCUGAAGAACUUGGUGGUUUAGGUCUCAGUAAUACCUCAUAUUCCCGGUUAGUUGAAAUUGUUGGUUCUCAUGAUCUCGGCGUUGGUAUAACGCUUGGUGCUCAUCAAUCCAUCGGUUUUAAAGGGAUUCUUUUAGUUGGCAAUGAGGAGCAAAAGAAGAAAUAUCUACCCAAAUUGGCUUCUGGUGAAACCAUUGCAGCAUUUUGCUUAACGGAACCAACAAGUGGAUCAGAUGCUGCGUCCAUAAGAAGUCAAGCAGUGUUGUCUGAAGAUGGGAAAUAUUGGACUCUGAAUGGUGGAAAACUUUGGAUCAGUAAUGGUGGGAUUGCAGAUAUAUUUACUGUUUUUGCAAAGACAAUGGUGGCAGAUGGAAAAACGGGAGAAAUGAAGGAAAAAAUCACCAGCUUUAUCGUGGAGAGAAAUUUUGAAGGAGUUACAAGUGGACCUCCUGAAACGAAGAUGGGGAUCAAAGCAUCUAACACAGCUGAGGUCCACUUCGAUGAAGUAAAAAUUCCUGCUGAAAACGUUCUUGGAGAAAUUGGAGAGGGAUUCAAAGUGGCGAUGCAUAUUCUUAACAAUGGUCGUUUUGGAAUGGCUGCAGCAUUAUCCGGAACAAUGAAAGCUUUAAUCGCAAAAGCUACUGAUUUUGCAGUGAACAGAACUCAAUUUGGGGACAAAAUAUCUCAAUAUGGAACAAUUCAAGAAAAGAUUGCGAGAAUGAGUGUCCUUCAAUACGUCACUGAGUCGAUGGCGUAUAUGCUCAGUGCAAAUAUGGAUCGUGGCGCUCCUGAAUUUCAAAUCGAGGCUGCUAUAAGUAAAGUGUUUGCUUCGGAAGCAUGUUGGUGGGUGGCUGAUGAAUGCAUUCAGAUAUACGGUGGAAUGGGUUAUAUGAAGGAUUGUGGGAUUGAAAGAGUCAUGCGUGAUUUAAGAAUAUUCCGUAUUUUUGAAGGCACAAAUGAUAUUUUAAGGUUGUUUGUUUGUUUGACAGGAAUGCAAGACGCAGGAAAAAAUCUUAAAGAGCUUCAAAAAUCAUUACAAAAUCCAUUUGGUAAUCUCAAUGUUGUGCUGUCUGAGGGGAUGAAAAGAACGCAGAGAGCGAUGGGGGUUGAUUCAGGACCGUCAAUAAAUGAUCAUGUUCAUUCUGAAUUAGGCGAAUGUGCGCGACAGUGUUCAAAAUGCAUUGGUGAUUUUGGGGCAGCUGUAGAAAAUCUUCUUGUCAAACAUGGAAAGAAAAUAGUUGACGAACAGUUUAAACUAAAACGUCUCGCAGAUGCUGCAAUUGAUCUCUAUGGCAUGGCUGCAGUUAUUUCCAGAGCAUCGCGAUCGUUAUCGAAGAAUAUACCAAAUGCUCAACACGAGGCUACCAUGACGAAAUUCUUCUGUGACGAGGCAUCUCGCAGAGUGAGCAGAACUUUACGAACAUUAAACAACGCAACAGACCUGACAAACGACCAAAGAAUGUUGUCGAUUGCUAAAGCAGUUUACGAAAAUGAUGGUGUAAUCCAGGAACAUCCUCUGCAAUUGUGAACAAGAAAGGUAACUGCAGAAAAUGUGGAUGAAAACAAAAGCCGUAUGAAAACAAAAGCACCUCACAAUAGAACAACGAUCUUUAUAAUGCUCUUCUCUUAACUUCUGGAGUAGAAAGGACAGAUCAGAUGUCCAAAUAAACUGGCUUUUAUCAUGCAACGGUGUAAAUAGAUUAAAUUUGGACACGAGUGGUUACGCACAAAGAAGCACUUCUGCGUAUAAACUGACAUUUCGAUGUCUGUAAUCAUAUUUAUAGUGGUUUAUAAAUGCUUUGCCUUCAAUAAAGAAUAUUUGCAGCUCUCAUUCCAGUAGAUAUAUCAUUU